UCUGAGAUAAAUAAGGCCACUUCUGAGAGGUGGGGGUACUUAGAAAACGAGAUUUAAUAAGGAAUAUAUGGGGAGUUUUGUAAUAUUUAAUGUAACAGUGUCAGAAUUCUCCCGUGUUUGUUUUUUUGUCUAAUUCUUAAUGAAACAGCAGUGAAUGUCUAACUCUUAAUUCAGAUUGCUAAAAUACAUCUGCUUUUCAGUUGCUUUUCAGAAGUAAUAGCAGUAUAUUUUGCUAAUGAGCUAGUGAAAAUUAGGAAUUUAGAAUACGUACUUAACACUUUUAUGGAUCAUUGUAAGUAAUGGGCAUUUUAGCCCUUCUUGCUUUUCUUCUGUCACUAGCAAUUGUUGUCCACUUUUGGACUUGUCAUGGUUACAACUGUAGAUAGACUUAAGUGUAAGUUUUCAGUCAGGAGGCAGCAGGAGCUCUGUGAGCUUGCCCGGGAGUAGAAGAUUUUUAAUGAAGCCAAAACUUUUGUGUGAGACCUUGGCUUAAUUUGCAGUUAAACUCUGUUCUACUUUACAAGACUGAGUCUCACAGCUUACCAGGACUGAUGUCCUGGAAGUCAAACAAAUGAGAAGACUUGCCCACAGACAUACAUAAGUAGCUGUAGGAAUUCAUGUUUUCUUCUCCCUCAAGCUCAGAAGUAAAGAGUCUGCUUGGCUCUACUUUCAUUUCAGAAAUAAAGUUGACAAAGAACAGAAACAAGAUGGCAUCUAUGCUUCAAAAUGUCAGGUCAACAAUGGGCUGGCAGAAACACCUGCUUUUAAAUGACUAUGAUGAGAAUAAGAGCCCUGUGCCAGACAAAUUCAGGAGAAAAGCUUCUUUCAGUUCUCUUAAUACUCUUCGCAUGUCUCUAAGAAAGCGAAUACCAUUAAAACAAGUGGAGCUGAAUUUCCACGAGACACCACUUUGGGAAAACAUGGAGGCAAGCAAGAUGAGUCAAAUGCUCCAAAGUAUUACAAAAACAGCAAGAAAUGCUCUUGGAACAGUGUCACAGAAAAUACAGAAGACUUGCCAAAGCCCAGUAUGUUCAACUGCGACUUUUCCAGCUGAAUACAGCUCUGCAACUGGUUUUUCCAAGAAAAGAACAGUGCAAACACCGUGCCUCAGUAUGAACAGUGUUAUUCCAGCAGCUAGUUCCAAGUGUACUCCAGAGUCCAGCAGAAGAUUUUUGCUUGCGCCAACAAGGGUGUCAAAACAUAAAGAAUUGAGGGGUUUCCCAUCCUUGCAUGGUGAAGAUGCUGUCCCGCUCUUGAGAUCAAGGAGAGCAUCGGCAGCACUGAAGAGCGUCUAUUUGUCACCUGUUCCUGCCAGCAGAAGAAUAUCAGCGGCAGGAAAGAAAACCUCAUCAGUAUGAUAAGAAGCCUUCCCUGCUCUAACAUCUUCUCUGACACCUCUGCAAGCAGUGAACUGACUGGAGGAAGAUGGAGUAUGCUCUCUGGUCUACCUGGUGCAAUCUCCUCCUAGCUGCAGAGGCUAAGGAAAGAAAUGGACACAAUCAGAAUAAAAACACACAGUGGACCAUGAUAAAACACUGAAAACUACUUAAAAGUUAUGGCUUGAACGGCUGUGAAACUACUGUGAAAAAUGUAAACGCGAAGACUGCUUCUGUGUAGUUCAUUUAGCUUUUGCAGCUGGCUACCUUGGCAGCAGAGAUUAAAAACCCCAGGCUCCAGUAACAGAAGUUACCUCUUCCUAAUGAACAUGAACCACUAAAAUCUUAACAUUCUUCCUAAGUUUUCAGCAAAAAAAUUUCCUCUUCCCUUACAGGAAGCAUUAUAAAAAACUACUGAUGUGCCAGAGAUCUUUCAGGAUAUUUGAAAUACGUAACUCAGAAACUUGCUAAUCACCAUCAUUUAUACACUAUUUUUCUGGUUGCCUCUUAAGACAAAAGCCACAAAGCUGUCCUUCAAAAAGCAAACUGAAAAUUUUGUGUGAACUGGGAAUUAUUGGACUUACUUCUGCACCACCCUCAUAGUUUUUCAUGGCACUGUUUCUCUGUUUUACGUACCGACUUUGAAAUCAUUAACAACAUCCUUCUCCCAGUGCUAAAAAACUUAGGGAGGGAAGUCAAACAAAUACAGAAACAGCUUAAGAAGUCAUGUGUUGACUGUAAGCUUUCUCAGGGUAAACAGUUUGAUUUGAACUUUAAAAGAAAACUGGUUUUGUGCUGUAGCAACUUCAUUGCAGGUUUUGAAACAUACAUCAGUUCUAUCAUAAAAGUUAUGAUCAUUAAUUUAGCACGGUGGAAAUAGUUGCAUAAAGAACCAGCAAACUGCAGCUAUGUUAAACUAACUACAACAUUUAGUUUAGAAAUAUUAUCACUUACGGAAAAUUUCACACGUUUUACUUCUAGUAAGAAAAAGAUCGAAAAGAAGUAAGAAGGAAAACACACAUUUGGCACCUCCAUUCUUUGAAGCUCAACUACUGCAACUUUGAUUGCUAUAGAUUGUCUUAGCAGAGCACUUGCUGUAAAGCAUGAGAAGGUACAUGAUUUACUCCAUUAGCAUUUAUUUUUUAUCCUGCAGAUUAAAGAUUCUAGUCAGAAUAAUGGAAAAAGUGACUGCUCUGCAGAUCUCAGACCCCUUAGUAAAAAGGCUCCCUUAAGGCUUCCAUCUUAGAAUCUGUGUCUCAGUCUGAAAUGGUCAGAGACACACAGUUCACACAUUUUACACAGUCACCAAGUUUCACAAAAAUCACACUGUUUUGUACACCUGCACAUCACUUUGCAUACAGCAACACUGACUACUUCAAACUGUGGCAGAGAUGUUUAUUACUAACAUUAAGCGUUUAUGAUUUGGUUCGCAGGCAGAGUUCUAUUUACUUGAUGUCCAGCACCUUAUGCAGCAUGAGUGCCUAUAUUAGUGUAUGUUGACCAACAGUAUAAGCUGAAAAGAAAUCCUGGACUCAAGGCACCCAAAAAUCAUCUUGCUGUACAGAUCCUGAUGACCCACUAUUGUACUCUCACCUCUGCUUCCCUUACAAAUGUAUCACUAUCAAAAGUGAACUGGCAAGAGAUGAAACUAAUGGUUUAAGUGUGAACUUUCUCUGUAACCUAUAGGACCUACUGUUUAUAUUGUUCUGGGUGCAGCUAGUUAGCUGAUACUACAAUCCUUCUUUCAAGUAAAAAGCCUGUAGCAGCUUUUUCUCUUAUUGUACGUUUUAUUGAAUCUGUUGUAAAAAAUAACUAAAUAACUGAAGACUA